AUGGUCAAGGACAGCCCGGGUCGCGGCAUGCAGCAUGCCUCGCGCGAGAUCAACCCCAACCUCGCGGAUCUCCCCAUGCUCACGUGCAGCUUCCUCUCGGGACUUGUCGACGCUGCAUCCUUCAAUGCCGCCGCCGUUUUUGUCUCGAUGCAGACGGGCAACACCGUCUUCAUCGCUCUAGGCGCAGCCAGCCUCCCAGCCGGUGACGCAAAACGAUGGCUUCGCGCGCUGGUCUCCGUCGCCUCGUUCCUUACGGGCUGCAGCUUUUUCGCCAGCAUGUCCCGCCUGCUGGGGCCUCUCCGUCGCUCGACCCUGUUCGCGUCCUUCUUCCUGCAGACGCUGCUGCUCGUCGUGUGCGCCAGCCUCGCGCAGACCAACGUGGCGCCCGCGUUCGGCAUCGCCAACGUGGACCCCUUUGCGCCCGUGGACCUGGAGGAGAAGCAAGCCCGGGACAACCAGUGGGCGGUUUACCUGACUGUCGCGGUGCUUGCGUUCCAGUCGAGCGGGCAGAUUGUGCUGAGUCGCGCGCUGGGCUUGGGCGAGAUCCCCUCGGUGGUGCUGACGUCGCUGUACUGCGAUCUCGUGUCCGACCCCAAUGUGUUGCAGAGCUCGAAUACGAAGCGCAAUAGGCGCUUGCUGUCUGUGGUGCUGUUCAUGAUUGGGGGCAUUGCUAGUGGAUGGUUGCAGAGGACGGUCGUGGGCGUGCGUGGUGUACUGUGGAUUGCAGCUGGGGUCAAGCUGGUGAUCGCCUUUGGGUGGCUCGUGUGGGAGGGCAAGGCGAAAGAUGGGGCUGACCCCUAA